UGACGUAUUUUGUCAAAACUCAAAACACUCAUAACCUCAAUAUUUGUUUUCAAAUAACAGAAAGUGGGAAUCUGUACCCUUUAAUUUUUUUCUGUAUGCAGUUUAAUUUUUUCUUUAAAUAACAAAAAUGAGUAAAGUAAAUGAGGAUGAAAUAGAUCCCGACUAUGCGAUGCACAAUAUUGCUUUAAAAAGAGCUGAAAAACUGAAAGAAGAAAAUACUAAUUCUGUUGAAAAACUGAAAGAAAUACUUAACGAAGAAUUCAAUAAAGAUUUAGUUGAACGUCAGAAUCAACUAGAACAAAUCGAAAAACAAAUACAUAAAACCAGAAAACUAAUGCACCUUAUGAGAUAUGUCCUCAUAAGUUCCUACUAUAAUAAAAAAGAAUUGGAAUAUAAUGGAAACGAUGAAGUCUUGGCAAAAGCCGAAACCAGUUAUUUAUUUGACCAGAAUAGGAUUCACCCAGCAUUAAAAAAACUGUUAGGAAAGAAUGGAUCCGCCCCUGACUUCAAUAUAUGUAGGAGUGCUAGAAGGAAUAAGGGAGACAGCAAACCAAAUGUUAUGGUGGAAAAUUUAAGUAGCGAUAAAUUCAAAAAUGUAGAUCCUUCAAGUCAUAAAUCUACAUCAAGCCAGGUUAUGGAGGGCUGUAGUACUCCACAACAAACUAUUGGGUUUGAAAGAAACAGACAGAAAAUAAAAAAUCAAGUGAUAGUAGGUAAUAUAUCUAAAUGGAUGCCUUCAUCUGAAGAAGAUAAAUUAACACACAAAUGGAUGGUUUAUGUUAGAGGUCCAAAAGAAAACCCUGAUGUCUCCCAUUUUAUUGAAAAAGUGGUGUUUUACUUGCAUCCAUCAUAUAAACCAGAUGAUGUAGUAGAAGUCAGCAAACCCCCCUUUCAUUUAUCCAGGAUGGGUUGGGGAGAAUUUCCUAUAAGAUUACAAAUAUAUUUUGUUUGUACUAGAAAUAAGCCAUUGGAAAUAUUUCAUAAUCUUAAAUUGGAUAAGACUUAUUCUGGAAGACAAACAUUAGGAAAUGAAACUAUUUUCGAUUUUUACUUGUAUGAUGAUAAACUGAACAACUCUUCUGAAUCUGAAGAUAUUCAGGGAUACAUUAACUCUUCAAAUUCUCAUAGCAGAGUAGAAAAAAAACAUGAAAUUGUUGCCGUUACUGAUAUCUGUGAAAAGGAAACAGCUAAUUCAACUGAAGAAUCUGUGCCAAAUUUUGAACAUGACUAUUGUACUGAAGAUAUGAAACCAGAUAUUGGGGAAAUUACUUUAACAGAAAACAAUUAUGAUUCCCACAGUUUUGAGCACUCUUACAGUUAUCCCCCUACUCAUGAAUUUUUCAACAUUGAAGUGAAAAAAAAUAAGCCAGAAUUAAUCCAACAACAAAAAAAUCCACUCAUAUAUGGUUUAGAUGAAUCAUACUCUGAAACAUAUUCGGAUAUGAAGAAAAAAGAACCAUUAUUUUAUCGUAAAACAUUAGUUUACACUACCAAAGAUCCUACUUUCAAAAGUAGCCAAGCUUCUUCGUCAAGUAAGGCCAAGGUAGUUGGGAAUAAGAAGAGAUCUUCAGAAUCCCUAGUCAAGAAAAUGUAUACCAAAAAAUUAUAUUCUCAAAGCACUACUACAAACAGUAGCUCUGAAAUAGAAACAACCAAAAAUCAUAGCAUACAAAUUAAACUACCUAGAAAUGAUCGCAACAUUCUCAAAUUCAAAAAUUUAGGAGAGGCCUUACCCUAUAUAUUCAAACGUGCACCUUUAAUUGCAGACAUCCACAAUAAUAUUUAUCCCUUCACAGCUUCAUCCUCUGAAGAAUACAAUUCUUGGAGCUUAUCCCAGCAGACGAACGCAGAAUGGAGCAGAGCUAAAGUAAUUAAAACUUUCAUUGAUAACGAGCAAGUUCAUGAGCAUGAGAAAUGGAGUGCUAAGACCAUUAUGAUAUAUGGAAAAUCGCAUGGUUACUCUCCAAAAGCGAAUUUAAGUGCCCCUGAGAAGAAUACAGCUGAAAUUAAACUGAUAAAUAAUUGUUUCAGUUCUUCAGUAGAUUUACCAUACAGUCCCCAAAAGUACUCUGCUGACAUUUCCCUAGAUAUUGUAAAUGAGUCAGAAUCUCCACAGAAAAAGAAACAGAAAUUACAAUGUAUAAAUAUAUCUGAUCCUACCCUCCAGAUGGAAUGCUCAUAUAUACGGGAAGAAGCCCUAGAAUGUGGGGUUGUAUUGAAAAGUGAGCAGAUUGAAGACGACAUCAUAUUCAACGGGGCAGAACGAAUGAUUUUAGAAGCAGUUAAAUGUUUGGCUAAUCAUUUAGUGAGGCGUUCUUUGCACUUUGCCAGUACAUCACGUUCCUUUAAUGGUGAAAUCAAUACUGUACAUUUACAAAAAGCCAGGAAUGAGAGGAAAGAACUAAAUGCUCUUACCCAGUUUCGGAUCAAACAAACUAAUAAAAAGUAUUUUUUCUAACUCAAACCAACUGUAUACAUUGUAAAUAUAUAAAUUUUCUAUUAUUAUUAUUAUAAGAAUUAUUAUAAUUUGAGAAUUGCAAAUAAUAAAAAUACAAUUG